CGCAGGCGGGCUGGGCACGGCGAUGUGCCGUCUGUCGUCUGCCGCAGCUCUUCCGCUUUCUCCCUCCAACCAGUUGGACCAGUGGGCCAGGACUGGUGCCCAGCCUCGCUGCAGUGAGGCAGCUGUGUCACCAGGAGACGAGGGGACAGGCAGGACGUGCCAGGCUCCAGCACAGACAGGGCUCUGCAGCAGCAGCCUCCAGCCCGGGAUAACCGGGAGCAGCUCCGGUGACACAACAGCGGGACAUGGACCCCCCGACAGGACAAGAGCCCAUCAAGGUGAUCGGGGUUGUCCUGGGCAUCGGGCUGGCCCUGAUGAUCCUGGCGAGUUUUGGCUACAGCUGCAUCCGGUGGUACCGGAGGGGCCACUCCCGGCGCCGGCCCGACUUUGUCUUCAACCUCUACCACUCACGCGGGCUGGGGUCAGUGGCACUGGAGCUGGUGCCACCAUUCAGCAUCAGUGGCUCACUGGGAACCUCGGGCUAUGAGCCCUUCCACAACCAGGGGCCAUGAGCCUGGCACCAACAGAAAAAGCAACCAAAACCAGCUGGGGAGGAUUCCUGUAUUUUCACUUCUGCAAGAAACAUCUCCUGAAUUGGUUGAAUUUCAAAUGAAAUGGCAACGGUGCAGUUUCUGUUGCUAAAAAAGCUUCACAGAAUGACAGAAUCGCUGUGACCUCUGCAGACCAUCUGGGCCAACCCUACCCAAGGUCACCUGGAGCAGGUGACGCAGGAACACAGCCAGGUGGGUUUGGAGUGUCUCCAGAGAGGGAAACUCCAUAAAUUCCCUGGGCAUCUCCUCCAUCUGCAGUUGUCACUGGCUCUCUGCAGCCAGGGGUGCACAGGGGGGCCUGUGGCCAGGGAGAGGGACCCUGCUUGGCCAGGGAGAGGGACCCUGCUUGGCCAGAGGGGGCUGGCGAGGCACAGGGGGCCUUGGGACCAUCUCUUCGCCAGUUUCUGUCAGAAGAAGAACAAAGAGAAACUCAAGAGAGCCACGUGGUUGGAGGGAAACCAGUGAGGAUAGAGUGGGAUUUCCAGCGAGUCAGAGGGACCAUCUGUGCUCUCGGCUAUCAAAGAUAAACCCUGUGGUCUGUGGCUUUCUCCUGGCUGAAAGGAGAUCUCUGACUGCUCCUGGAGAGGGGGAAAUGCCCCCUCCUGGGGCCUGGGAGCCCUCUGUGGUGAGCAGGAUCCAGCAGAGCCCUGCAUGACGCAGGAUCCAGCCAUGGGGCCUGACGUCAGCGGCCUUUCAAAGAACAACAAAAAAAAGCCGUGUUUUUGACGACUCCGUUUUCCAGAGGAAGUUGAAAAAAAUAAAAAAGAAAGCAAAAAGCUCUAACCCCCGAAAUACACAGAGGCAGAAGAGCUGGGGCCAGUGGAGGGGCAGGAGGAGGCUCCCAGUGCCCUCCACAUCCCUGUGGGAUGCAGGGAUGGAUCUCAAAUGUGAGCAGUGCCACGGGACAUGGAAAAGAAGGAAACAGCAAGGAUCAGCCCCCUCCUCCUGCCUGCACUGGAAAAACUGAAAAUAAAACCAAAAACCCUUCACCUGAAAACCACAUUCCCCAAGGAGGGCUUUUGCAAGCAGUUUUACUUCCCACCAUGAAGGUUCCCAGAAAUGGGGUGCCUUUUGGAAAAACUUCCCUGUGACCCAGGUGACCCAGGCUGAGCUGUUCGGUCUCAUCCUGUUUCCAUUCUGAUGACAACUGUUCACAGCAUCACAGAAUCAGUUUGUUUGGAAAAGAUCUCUGAGGUGAUCGAGCCCAGCCCAUGACAGAAUGCCACGUUGCUGAGCAGAGCCCUGACUGUUGUCUUUCCUCCUCCCCUGGGUCUGACUUGUUCUGCUCCUGUCCUUCCCUGGGGAUGUCCCAUGGGAUGUGCAUCCCUGUGGAAUCACUGUGAUGGGCCCAGCCCCUUUUCCCUGCUGCUCCUCUGGUGAUUGUUCCCACAAAUCCCCCAGGGAAAACCACCCAGGAACUCAGGUGUGUGAGGAGCUCUUGGAGAGCUGGCUUGGUUCUCCCUUUUCCCAGCUGUGACAUGGAAAUGCUCUUCACCACGUGAGGCAAAUUGC